AUGGGUUCUCUAUGUGAGGUCAACAGCAAGAAGCCAUGGAUCGAGACGCCAUUGAUUGAAUCUCCUACCCUGUCGCGUGCCGCUGGAUGCCGGAUAUUUUUGAAAUUGGAGAAUCUCCAGCCUUCGGCUUCCUUCAAAUCUCGAGGAAUUGGCAACCUCGUGUUGACGGAGGAAGCCUACCAUAAAGCCAUUGGCAGCACACGUCCUCUACACUUCUUUGCCGCUUCAGCCGGAAAUGCUGGCCUUGCGGCAGUCUCGGCGACCAGCGUCUUGGGCUAUACGUCCUCGGUCGUUGUGCCAGAAGCCACCGAGAGCUCCAUCAUUGAAAAGCUCAAGACGAAUGGUGCCAGCGAAGUUAUUGCCCACGGCUCCGGACUCGCAGAGGCCGAUGGGUACCUCAAAGAGGUCCUGAUGCCACAAGCGGAAGCGAGGGGUGAAAUCCCGGUCUACGUCCCUCCUUUUGACAACGAAGCCAUCUGGGAAGGCGCUGCGACCAUGGUGGAAGAGAUGUCUCAGCAAAUGCCCGCUGGUGAACGGCCGGACGCUAUCAUCUGCUCCGUUGGAGGAGGUGGCAUGUUGGCUGGCAUCAGCGAUGGCAUGGACCGAGUCGGAUGGGGAAGCGAUAUGCAGGUGCUGGCCGUCGAGACAAAAGGUGCCGACUCGCUCCAUCAGUCGAUGAAGGCUGGCGAACUCGUCACGAUCCCGCGAAUCACCUCCAUCGCGUCGUCUCUCGGAGUGGUUCGGGUGUGCAAAAAGGCGUUCGACCUAUUGGCGCGCAAGAAUGUGACAAGCCUUGUUCUCGAGGAUGCAGAGGCUGCCAUGGCUUGCUGGCGCCUGGCGGACGACGAGCGGAUAAUCGUUGAGCCAGCCUGUGGUGUCAGCGUGGCGCUGGCGUACGACAAUCGACUUGGGCAUUUCUUGCGCGAGUUUGACAAGGACAAGAAAGUCAUCAUUGUCGUUUGUGGUGGUAGUAAGAUUUCUGUGGAUACCCUUGUACAGUAUAAGGCGCGAUAUGGCGAGAGGGCGAGGGAGUUGGCGGAGAUGUGGAAUAGUUCGUGA